GACUCUCGUUGCGCAUUGAUAAAGGCACGGGAAAUUGGGCAACAUUCCUCUCUGGUUGAUUGGAUUCCCUGCCAGGAACGAGGUUCCGCGAGUUCAAGAAAACGCCAGUGUUGUUGCUUGGGCCGCCCUCGCAUAGAGCGAACCUGACCCUGGGAACGCGUCGUGCCGGGUAGGGCCCGCCUGCAUCGGUCUCCCUGCAUGGCGUAGCAUGGCAUGGCACGUCUUCAGAUAGCUUCCCGCACGAAGUGGACUGACUACUAACUACUACGAGGUAGGACACAGGUGCUGAGGACGGAUACGAUGUGGCAUGCCGACUCCUGCUGCACAGGUGAAGGGCAAAGAAAGGAGGGGGGUCCUUGAAAUAAAGGAGGUACACAGGGGCGCGGCUAUUCCCCGUCGCACCAGGUUACACAAGCAAACAAAAGAAAUAUCGGCGACGCCCAGAACGGACAGGGCUGGAUGCCGAAAGCAUUCAGUGGAGGGGGACCGGGCGGGACGAGACGAGACUGAGAGCGAAACCAAGAGAUGGGAAGACUGUCUGACUUCCGGACGGACACACCGCAGGGACUCGACGGUAGCUGAAGAGGAUAGCUCAGCCCCCUGCUUAUUGCGCAACGCGAUUAACGUGGCGCCCGACACGACACAUUCAGCAACCGAAGAGUCCCCCAGUCUCCGUCCCCGGUCCCCCGUCCCCAACAACCUGCGAGCGAUUGAGAGUGCGACUGCGACUGCGACUGCGACCGCAACGACUGGGGGACCUCGUAAUUACCUUAAACCAAUCCCUAAUCGGCGGUACCCAAGAGCUGGGUGGCUACGGUGCGCGAUGGCCCACGCCACACAGUCGAGUCCGGGGCGAUCUUGACCAGGCUGGCCAAUGACGGAAGAUGAUGAGCCGUGCCAUGGCCAACGGAGCCCCGUCGCAGCGACACCCCCCACGGCCGCCAAACUUCUUUUCGCAAUAGCGCUUCAUUCCCACCGCGAUCGCUCGCGGGCUAGUCCCCCCUGGAAGACCCCCUCCGGCGCCCGAGACUCAAGCU